AUGGUGACCCCGCCGAACAACUACGCGGACGUCGGCGUCUCUCAAAAAGCGGCCAAGCAAGUCCUCCUGUCGUUUUUUGGCACCAUCGCUUCCGCGACGUUUCUCCUCGUCGGCAGCUCAGCCGCGUUCAACGUCGUCGGGAAACAACUCGUGAAAACGAACAAAAAACGUACCGGGAGGAAGUGCAACUUGUGCGACGGGUUACGGUUUAUAUCGUGCGGGACGUGCAAAGGGAGAGGCGCUUUGGAGUGGCAACCGAUACGAGAGGCGGAGAUGGAGAGGGUGUGCCUGUGCCCGACGUGUUCGGGGACGAAGAUGAGCAAGUGUUUACGAUGCGUAGGUAUUGGAUACUUGUGA